CAGUCCUCCUCCCCGGUACACAGUCGGUCCAACAUUAGGUACAAGUGCCACCUGCGGUUGCUUCCCACGAUGGUGCGGCUCAUGAGACGAUAACACCCACCUUCGUGCAGGCCGGGCGGCUAACGGUUGGCCUGCAGCUGUCUGAGUUACGGAUCACUCUAACUUCGCGUCGAGGCGAUCGGGCAGACAGCGCGUUCCGACCCAAUCAUUGUCCUCUCACAUGACGGCCCCGGCGCAUGUUAAAACGAGGCCGUCUGUCCCGACCACGGCCUACCGAUGGCUCAAAUUAAUCCCACUUCUGCACGGAAUUCGCCCAUGGCGAGCGCGUGCAAGCGCAAGCGGCUCACAGACCUUCCCACCGAAGCCAGCCCUCCGGCGAAGAGGUGCAAGUUCACGAGAAGGCACAGAGCGACUCCGUUUGCCCCGUCAUUUUGGGACAAUCUCUCGAAGGUGUCCCUUACGUCUCUUGCCCUGCGAGAAGUUGACCGGCGGAACGAAGCGCGGCAAUAUUUGCCGAUUCCUGCAGCCUCCGGCGACGUGGUUUCCAAGGACAUCGCCCGCUUCGCAAGACACGGCGGGCCCGAUCUUCGCAAUCUCCGAGGAGUAGGUUCUCAUUGUCUGCCUCAAGCGUGAUCUAACAAGUUCUAGUUCCAAGCAUCGCAAACCAUUGCGGCUAUGUCAUCAACUUCGUCAUCUACGAACCCCCGCAGUCGACGGACGCAGUCAACGGGAGCGACUAGCGUCACGUCAAGAAGCAGAAAAUCGUCCGCGUACGAUAAGAACUUCGAAGCACACCUCGCCGAUAAUGGUGUGUACAUGAACAGUCGGAGAUCGAAACCAAACAACGUGAAGGAUAUCCAGAGAGAACUGGCCAAAGAAAGAGCAUCAUUGUCCCCAUCCAAGUUUUCCGAUGGAGCUUUUGAAACUUUCCAGCGGCAAAAUGAUGAUGCGGUCUUCGAGUCUGAUGUUAUGGCGACAUUAGUACCUCGACUAUGCGGCACAUCGGGCAUUCACAGCAAACAGAACGUCCUGUUUACAGAGCUGAAGCCCAUCAUGGACAACAGCGCGGUGAAGCCGAAGCCGGAUUUUUUCGACGGAGCUCGCCUGGAAGACCUCAACAAGCAACUCAGGGAGGAUGAGGUUAUUCGGUCAACGGCUGUCCCUAGCAAGCAUCCCCGCGUCCCUGUGGUGCCGAACUUCUUCCUUGAGGCCAAGGGACCAGACGGUAACGCGGCUGUGGCCCAGAGGCAGGCGUGUUACAACGGAGCGUAUGGCGCCAAGGCCGUGCGCCGCUUGCAAAAUUAUGGGCAGACCGAGCCAGUCUAUGACAGCAGUGCGUACACAAUCAGCUCGACUUACCAUGCCGGGACCGGCACGCUCCAGCUUUACUCGCAUCAUAUCACGGCGCCAAGCGCUGCUGAAGAGCGGCCAGAGUAUCAUAUGACGCAGCUUAAAGCAUACGCGUUGACAAGCGAUCGUGAGACCUUCGUGGCAGGGGCUACUGCUUUCAGGAACGCCCGGGAAUUGGCCAAACGUUAUCGCGACACCUUCAUUCAGACCGCGAAUAUGAGGACAGCUCCGGCGAGUACAAUGGACCCUGCUGGUGUCAUCGUGUCUUGCGAAGAGACCUCGACAUUCGCGCAGCACGAAAUUUUCGAAUCAGAGGAUCCGUCCGAGUACGGUGCCUGGCAGGAUGCCGACAAUGCGCUUCAGGAGUUAAUCGCCGAGGGCGAAGCCGAGGCAACUGUCAUGUCCCGGUCCCUGCCGGCGGAAGAAGACUCCCAGUACUUAAGCCAGGAAUCGGGCCCAUUGGAGAACGACGACCCGUCUUUGAGUUUUGCAUCCAGUUUCACCUCGUUCGACAUUGAAGCUCUACGCUCUAAGCGUCCCAGGCAGUCACUAAGUCCGCCUACGAAGACCAAGAGGACUUUCCCUUCGACGAUGGGGCAAGAUGCCAACUCGGACCCAGUCAAGCCGUCUCCGGGUUCUACAACAUCGACGUCAUCCUCGAGUGGGAAGAGGCAGGGAGAGCGGCGGCGACUGCGAUGAUAUGUACAGGUACGACGAUUGAGUUGAGAACUGGAUGGGGUCCUCUUCCUCAACGUCGCAGCGUGCACCUAGGCGGCGGUGGAUCUAUUCUUUGGUCAUGCUUAUGUCUCAACAUUGGGUGGGCAGAGGGAAGGUUGACUUCGCAAGCAUUGCCGAGAGUAUGGCAGAGACGUGGCGGCUGGGGAUCACACACAAGGGUGCGACCUGGGAAGUUGGUACGUAGCAGACUUUACUCCGCUAUCAGCUUAGACACAAUCGCACUGCGAUCACACUGCAAAUAAGCCUAUUCUGUCGUUCCGCCGCGGGACCCUGUCUAAUCGUAGAUAGAGAAGCCUUUUGGGUUGAACAGAUGGGGCUUUGUGCGGUGACUGCGGGAGGGUGCAGGCAGACG